CUUCCGGGGGGGCGGAAGCGGCGGCCGGUGCGCGGAGCGCGGCCAUGGGCACCCGCGGGCUGAAGGAGGCCGUGGUGGAGCUGCAGCCAGGACAGGCCCCCGGAGGCAGUGCAGAGACAGAGCCUGCCGAGCGCCAGCCUGUGGUCAUCCUCCUGGGCUGGGCCGGCUGCCAGGACAAAUACCUGGCCAAAUACAGCGCAAUCUACAGCCAGAAGGGGUGCACAGUCAUCCGUUACACGGCUCCAUGGAGGAUGGUAUUUUUCUCUGAGACCUUUGGCAUCAGAUCCCUGCAGACCCCAGCCAGGCAACUCCUGGAGCUGCUCUUUGACUACAGCAUUGAAGACAGACCGGUUCUUUUCCAUGUUUUUAGCAAUGGUGGUGCCAUGCUGUACCGUUACAUCAUCGAGGCACUCCACACCCACAAGUCGUUUAAGAACCUCAGAGUAGCUGGCACCAUUUUUGAUAGCGCCCCUGGCAGAAGAAACUUGCGAGGAGGCCUUCGUGCCCUGGCGACUGUCUUGGUCUCCAUGAACGUGCUGCUCAAGUAUUUCCUGCUGUUCACGUUUGCCAGCAUGGCUGUCGUGCUGCGGAUCCUGCUGUACCCCCUGACCCGCUUCAUCCACGAGAGCCACUACGAUGCCCUGCUGAACGCGCCCUCGCGCUGGCCCGAGCUCUACCUCUAUUCCCAGGCUGAUCUCAUCAUCAAGGCCAGCGAGGUUCAGCUCAUGGCCAAUGCCCGGCAGCACCUCGGUGUUCCUGUGAAAGCUGUGGACUUCUCAGAUUCGGCUCACGUCAGCCACAUGCGGGUGUAUCCCACCUACUACUGCAGCCUCUGCACGAAUUUCCUGUCUGACUGUGUCGGGGGCUCACCUCCUUAGAGCUGUAAUGACCUUCAGUGUUUGCCUCUGCUUGCUCAGCUCCUAUGGGAAAUGUCAGCCCCUUUGCCCCUUUGCUUUUGUGUCUUUGAAGCGAGGAAAGUAGAGACUUCUUGUUUGGUUUAUUUUUUUUUUCCCCUAACGUCUACAAGUCUGAAAGUGUCCAGCCUGGCCGCUGGACCAGCCACGUUAGAGCAUAAAGUAGAUAUGGAUUAAUUUAAAGUUCUGAAGGUGAAAUCCUGUGAUGGUUCAUGUUGAUGUGCUUUACCAAGGUCACAGACCAGAAUCUCACACUGAGUAUUAUUUGUUUCUUCCUGUCUCUUCUUGUUCUCUGCUUUCUAUGUUGUCUUCUUGUCCCUGACGUCCAGAGUUCAUGUUCUGUUGCUUGCACUGAUUUUACAAUACAGCUCUUCCAUGUC